AUGGCAGACGAAGCGCUGGCUUGUUUUACUUGUUUGCUCGAGAAUGUCCCUGGAUGGAUUGCCGACCUGGAGAGUAUUUUGAAGUCGGCGGCUGAGCGUCAGGAAGAAAUUUUGUUUGCCAAUCGGCCGGAGGAGGAUGUUGUCGUCCCGUCGGUGAAGAAGGCCAAGUCGAAGUCGUCUUCGCUCAAGUCUCGACGGUCGGUGGAGAGUCAGGAGAAAGUACAGGAAAAUGGAUUGUUGGCACGGCCUCAGAUGAAACACCUCACCAACUCGGAUGCACUUCGUCUUUCUCAACGAAAGCGGAAGACGGCGUCUGUAUGUUCUGGUAAUGAAUCGGGGCCGUCGAAGUUGAGGGCGCGGGCGGCAGCGGUGGUAUACUACGAUGGGGAAACACAAAAGCAAUUCGAAAAGCUGGUACGCACAGUCGGAUCGACACGGAAUUCUAUCAGGAAGGGAAAGAUGAGUGCCAAAGUGGAUUGUCUGUCCCGCAGCGGAUCAAGUGGCAGCGAGGCUAGCGGCAGCAGUGGAGACGACAUGGCAAAGGACGACUACCGGCCACCUCGCGGAUUUGGACGCGAUGACGGCACUGAAGUCUUUGAUCGGGUCGACAGUCGUUUGGAGAAGGGCCAGAACCUGUGCGAGCGUGCGGCUCAUCAAGUCUUGCGAGACGGAGACUGCACGUUGGAAGUCACCAACGCCAAGGAACACUUCAGUGAAGCGUUGAAGAUGGCCGAGGCAGAGAUUCCUAUCCUCCAGAAGAAAGCAGACAAGGCUGCUGAGCGACGAAGGCGCAGCGAAGAACGACGUCGAGCUGAAGAAGAAGAAGCCGAAGAGAAGCGGCGGUCUCAGCUGAGUGAGACGAUCCGCAACGCCGUCUCCAACGUCACAUAUCCUGGCGAAGGGAAGCUAGAGGUCGACCACCUUGAGGUUGACGACGACGAUGAGGACGAUGAGGACGCCGAAUUCGACAUCGGCCACAUCCACGGGAAGGGAAUGUGCGUUCGAGCGGUUGAUUUGUGUUUUUAUGGGGUCUAG